CCCGCAGCCCCGCUCCUCCCCCGCAGCCCAGCCCAGGGACGCUGCCCGGCAGGUUGGUCCUAGCCGCGGGGUGGGGGAGCAGCCUUCCCCACCCAGCCGGGAGGAGAGGACGCGUGUGCAUCUGCCGCCUGGCACGGAGCUCCGGCGGCACCUCCCUCGCCGCACCGGCUCCAGCAGCGCCGAGCCCCGGUGGUGCUUGCUAAUGAGCUCUCCUUUUCCCCUUAUAAUGAACAAGAAACAAGACCUCAGGUAGUUGGAUGGUCUGUAGCUGAAGCUUUGGAAACUUGGCAUUAUCAGCCAGAAAUUGCCCUAUGUGCAUGCCUCGUCACCAGUGCAAGAAGCAAAAUAAAAAACAAACAAACAAGUCAAUGGUCAUAUUUUCAAUAAAGUGACCAUAGGACAAUCUGUUUAGAUGGCUUGCAAAAUUUACCAUCCAAAUUAUGUUGUCAGAAAGGUUGCCCUUUAAAAGAAGUAAAGUUUAGGUCCAAAGAGUCUCCCAUUUCAAGGUAACAGAGAUAAUAAUGUCACUUAAAUAUUUUUUUAAAUAAAGUUUUUUUAAAAAAGUAAUUAUUUAAGGCACACCACAGUUUAAGGCACUUUAAAAAAAGCUAUACAUUGGUAGCAGAUGAAAAGGUUAAAGAAAACUUCAUCUAGGCUCAUCACAUAGCCUCUCCAAUUUUUCUCCUAUCAAAUUUCAUCACCGAAUCAGAACUUGAGAGCUCUAUUGAUUGAGUAGAGUCACCUCUAGAUAUUUUCACACUGAUGUAGAAGAUCUUUUAUGCAAAACAAACAAAACAAAAAAAACCCCAUUAAGUUAAGGAAGACUUUUGACCGCUGAUCAGCAGUUCUGGAAGGGCUGUCCAUAAUUCUCCAGAUCAAGUGACUUGCAAACUUGGCUUCUGUACUAAGAGACUUUUCUUGUCUGAACGCAGCAUACAGAGCUGGACCAUUGUUGUCAUCUGGAUCUCUUAGGCUAGAUAGUUUUUUAGAUGAGAAGUUUCCAUGCUGAUCCUGACAGUAACCCCUAGUCCAGUAGCUGCCUUUCUUGGGACUCUAGGCAUUUCCUUUGCCCAGGGACCCUGUGCUUGGUCUCGGUUGCCAUGCUGCACCUGGUUGCUUUUCUGUUGCACUGUCUCCCUCUGGCCAUGGGACACUAUGACAUUUGCAAAUCCUGGGUGACCACAGAUGAUGGCCCAUCAUGGGAGUUUUAUGCGUGCCAGCCCAAGGCCAUGCGAAUGAAGGACUAUGUGACAGUGAGAGUGGAUCCACCAGGAAUCACCUGUGGGGACCCCCCUGAGAGAUUCUGUACUCAUGAGAACCCGUACCUGUGCAGCGAUGAGUGUGACGCUUCCACCCCUGACCUGGCCCACCCACCAAAGCUGAUGUUCGACAAAGAGGAUGAAGGGCUGGCCACCUACUGGCAGAGUGUGACCUGGAGCCGCUACCCAGAACCCCUGCUGGCUAACAUCACACUUUCCUGGAACAAGAGCAUUGAGCUGACAGAUGACAUUGUGGUGACCUUCGAGUACGGACGCCCUACCAUCAUGAUGCUGGAGAAGUCUCUGGACAAUGGGAGGACUUGGCACCCAUACCAGUACUACGCGGAUGACUGCAUGGAAGCCUUUGGCAUGCCAGCCCGGCGGGUCAGAGACCUCUCUACCACCAGUGCCAACAGGAUCAUCUGCACAGAGGAGUACUCCCGCUGGGCGGGCUCCAAGAAGGAAAAGAACGUGCGUUUGGAGGUGAGGGAUCGCUUUGCCAUCUUUGCUGGCCAGGACUUCAGGAACAUGGACAACCUGUACACCAGGCUGGAGAGCGCCAAGGGCUUGAAGGACUUCUUCACCGUGACUGACCUGCGGAUGAGGUUGCUGAGACCGGCACUUGGGGGCACCUAUGUGCAGAGGGAGAACUUGUACAAAUACUUCUAUGCUGUCUCCAACAUUGAAGUCACCGGCAGGUGUAAAUGCAACCUCCAUGCCAACCUGUGCUCCUUUAAGGAGGGCACCCUUCAGUGUGAGUGCGAACACAACACCACUGGCCUGGACUGUGGCAAGUGCAAGAAGAACUUUCGCACCAGAUCUUGGCGGGCUGGCUCCUACCUGCCUCUCCCCAACGGAUCCCCUAAUGCAUGUGCAGCUGCAGGCUUGGCCUUUGGCAUGUAUGAACGACCACAGCAAGUUUCCACUACAAAACCCAUUACCACUACAACCACCACCACCACUGCCACUAACCAGCCUGUCACCACGCAGCAGCCAGUCACUGCCAAACAGCCAGCUGAGCUCCCUGCCUCUGUGCCUAUCCAAGAGACGCAGAAAAAAACAGAAUUCACCAGCUCAUCGGCAGCUGCCCCACUGCAGGUGGGCUCCCCUCAGUCCAAGGCUGAUCCUGGAAAAGAAGCUGUUCGGCGUCCAGCAAACCCAACAGGGCUUGGACCCAAACCUGUUCCACAGGAGCCUCCUGAAAACAUGCGAGCUGCUCCAAAGAGCAAACCAGGCCCCACAGCACACUCUGCUGGCAAGAAGCACACGAAGAAGCCAGCCGCUUCCAAGAUCUCCAAACUCAUCAGGCUCAAAUCUGGCUCUGGCCCAGUGGCACCUGUUGAAACAUUUAGAGACUGCGAGUGUUAUGGCCACUCCAACCGCUGCAGCUACAUUGACUUCCUGAAUGUGGUGACCUGCGUCAGCUGCAAACACAACACCAGGGGGCAGCAUUGCCAGCACUGCCGCCUCGGGUUCUACCGGAACGGCUCGGCAGAGCUAGAUGACGAGAACGUGUGCAUAGAAUGUAACUGCAAUCAAAUCGGGUCGUUGCACGACCGCUGUAAUGAGACCGGCUACUGUGAAUGCAGAGAAGGUGCUGCUGGGCCCAAGUGUGACGACUGCCUUCCCAAUUACUACUGGAGACAGGGUUGUUUUCCCAAUGUCUGUGAUGAGGAGCUCUUGAUUUGCCAGAAUGGUGGCACCUGCUACCAGAACCAGAGAUGCAUCUGCCCUGCUGGCUACAAAGGCGUCCUGUGUGAACAAUCCAAGUGUGACUCUGACACCAAGGCCUGCAAUUCUGCCUCCAGCACAUACCUCAGCCUAACCACGUUCCUCAUCAGUGCGCUCAUCCUCCAGCUGCGACACUUGGACUUUUGAAUUGCAAACAGAAGAGAGCCAAGUCAAGGUGCAUCACCGGGGGAGCGGGGGCUAGGAGACUAAGGUCAUAGGUAGCCCUCCACAGCAUCACCUCCUCAGCCUUCCUUUACUCUAGGACUUCCAUGACGUCAUUCAGUCCCCUGUCCACAGAGAGCUACAGCAUCUCAGGGGCUGACUCCUGUCCUUCCACCAGCAGCAGCCUUGCUCCAACUUCCGCGCCCUGGACAGAGGUAGCCGCAGCAUGGACUUGGCUGCUGAGCUGCAGGGAGAGAACUGUGACAGCCAUUGUGCAGAAGCUGCAGUACCUUGCUGUCAUUAGAAAGGACUCCUGUCACACACACUUCCUUAAAAGCAGUGACUCGUUCCCCAUUUUGCACAGGGG